UUCAUUAUCGCGUGGACACUAAAGAACAUUGUUCCAUUCAUUGUCUUGGCCCAAUUGUCUACUGUGACCAGCGAAUCAUGUUGUAGAUCUAACUGCGAGAAAUAAAUUCGGGCUUUUUAUUCCAAAGAUAUGGACUCUUGAGGCCUUAACUGUUUCUUUCGGCCCAUAAACAAAUAUGUAUUAGCCCAUUACAAGCCUUAUGAUGAAAUCAUUUUACCGGAAAGAAAGUAAAUUUUUACUGGGUACCUUAAUAUUCAAGUACACGUAUAAAGGGAAAAUUCCUUAAAAAAUAUGCAGACUAAUUUUCAUUUGCUAAUAAAAUAGGGAAUUUUGCCGAUAUAGAACAAAAGAAGCAUAUCUUUGUCCCCUUACAAUAAAAAACUCAAUCUUUGUCCCUUUAGAACAAAAAAAAAUGAAAAACCUGUUUUGUCCUUUUUAAUAAAAUAGGUUAAAAGUAAUAAGUUAAAAAUCCCUGGAUUCAGUAAAAAAGACGCAUCACUUUCUUUGUCUCCGACUCCCCUUUUCUAAAACUCAGAGGCGAUUCCACCGUCGACUCUCUCUCUCUAUUGUGUCCGUUUAAGUUCGUCGGAGACGACGAACGCGUCGUCACAUCUCUCCGUCCUCCUCCUUCUGUCGUCUGUACUCUUUUGAACCAUCGAUUACAAGGAAUUGAAGGUUAGGGUUUGGAAAUCCCCUUUCUGUUUUUUUUUUCGUUUUCGUUUACGUGUAUGUAGUAUAAAGAGGUUGAAUUGUUUAAAAAUACAAAUCGAUUCGCGUUUAUGGUUUUGAUUUUCGUUUGUGGGUUGAGUUGAUUGUGAGGUCAUUGUAGUUCUUGUUUUAUACGAUUCUGAACUCUUUUUUUGUUUGGUAUUGACUUUGCUUUGUGUUUUGAAUUCGUAAUGGACUUAAAAGGCUAAUGAGUUGAUGUUUUCUGUUUCAUGUUUUAUAGGAAUGGAUUACCAGUUUCCAAAACGCAUUAUUGAAGAAGGAGCUGAGACCAAGAUUGAUAAGAUUAACAACACCUGUAGACGCACGAUUCUGGGGACGCUGAAGGUGGUUCUCAGGGAUGAGUAUCAAGAAGUUUUGAAAGACCCUGUCUUUGGUCCGAUUCUGGCAAUAGUAGAGAACAAGCUUAUUUACUCAGGGAAGGUUAUUCACAGCUUCAUAUGCAAGCAGCUCAAGGUUUCCAAGCUUCACGAAUUGUGGUUUCUAUUUGCAAAGAGGCCUCUCAGGUUUUCUAUGCAAGAGUUUUAUGCUGUGACUGGAUUGAAGUUCAAAGAAGAACCCGACGUAGACUUCAAUAACUGGAAGAGUGAUAAAGGGUUCUGGAGCACUGUGCUGAAGGAAAAUAAGAAGAUCAACUUGUUGGUUAUAAGGGAUGAGCUCCUUAAAGUCUGUAAGGAGUGGACGUAUGUGGACAGGGUGCGACUAGUGUAUCUGUGUAUUAUACAUGGAUUCCUCAUUGCUAAGGAUUUGAGAGUGUUUAUCCCUCACGAGUUCAUCCGUUUGGUGAUGGAUUUUGAGAAAAUGAGGAUGUAUCCUUGGGGUCUUCGCGCGUAUGAUGAGCUGCUUGCAUCAAUAUUCAAGGCAAGGGAAGAUGUGCAUCUGAAGAACAGCUAUGUGUUGGAUGGAUUCUCAUAUGCGUUUCAGAUAUGGAUUAUGGAGGCAAUCCCAGACAUCGGUUCUAUGGUGGGUAAAAAGAUCAAAAACAAUGUGACGAAAGUGAGAUGUAGGAAUUGGAAAGGAAGUGGAAAAGUAUCAUAUCAAGAUAUCACCAGCCUAGAGUCCAACUUUGAUAAGGGAGAGUUGUUCCCGUUUAUAUCAUCUACUGGGAGCUUGGAUGCAACUGAUAAUGCUGAGUUCUUUAGGGAAGAUGAGAAGAAUGACGAAAGAGUCAAUCGCAUUGUUGCUCUGAUCAGUGCCAAACAAGACUGGAAGCAAUUCACUUGGGAAGUUGCGACUCUGCCUCCAAAUAUAGAGUUAUCUGACGCAGAAGAGGAUGUUGAAGUUGAAAAUGUCACAGAAACACCUGUGGAGGAACCGACUGUUGUUGAAGAGGAACCGGAUGUUGUUACAAAAAGGGGCAAGCGUAAGCUUAUUGAUCCUGGUGUCGAGUCUCGAAAGAAACAACUUCUUUGUAAAAGGGCGGCUGAACAUAACAGUGUUGUCUCCGGUGAUAUGAAGACCUUCAUUGAAGGUUUGUUCAAUUCUUCUUUAGAUUCUUUUAAGGAGCUGCUGCAGAAGGAUAUACAAGAGCGUUUUGACAAGGUCGACAAUGAGAUGGCUCAACUGAAGGCAACAGUGUCGCAGAUUACGGGUCCUUCAGUUUUUGUGGGACGAGACCUAGCCUCUGAGAUUCCCUGUCCUUCUGCAACACUUGGGAAAGAGCAAGAGAAAUCAUCACAGAGUCCGGGUCCUUCAGGAGCAAAGGGAAAAGGCAAAGGCAAGGCAUCUGUGAGUGUUGAUCCUCCUCCGCUUCGUCGUAGCCCUCGGCCAGUAAGAAAGGUAACCAAAACAUGAAGCUUUGAAUUAGGUAGGACGAAUCAUCUUCGGUUGUAAGUGUUUCUGUGGUUUGACUAUUUUGUAAUAUCCUUGUAUUGUGCUAUGUUGCAUAUCGGCUUGUAAUGUAUCUUGUUGUUUGCUAUGAAGUGAACUGAUAACUAUGACAUGUUGGCUUGGCUAUUUUGUAAUGUAAUUUUGUCACUAUGUUGACUCUA